GCUAACAUAGCUGACUGAUGUCAAAAUGUCAAAUCCUAGCGCUAGCGAAGAUGGGACAGAGGAGAGCCCUGGCUUUUCGUUAACCAGGGCGGUGGAGGAUGUCAGUCAACACGGCUACGCCCAGACUGAGGCCCUGCAGGAGAAACAGGGGACGCUCAGCUCCCUGAAGGCAACACUUUCAGAUGUUGAGAAGAAAGGUGAGAUGGUGGAGCAGGAGCUGAGAUGUAAAGUGAGGGAAAUCCUAACGCUGGAUGGUGACAUGGAGCACCUGGAGUGGCAGACCAAAGUCUUGCACGAUCGCUGUGUAUCCAUCAGCAAAGAAAACACAGAACUCCAGAUUCGUAUAAGUGAGGAGGAGGAGAACGCUCGCGUGGCGCUGGCAGGGUUCAAUGCCUACCGAAAAAAGAUGGAAGGUCACAUAGCAGCUGUUUUAAAUGCGGUGAGCCAGACGGAGGCCCAUAAAGAGCUGGAGGAGAAGAGAGCGCUGGUCAGGAUGGUGACACGGAAGAAACAGGAGCUGAAGGAAGAUUUAGAGAAUCCAAAUGGAAACACAGUGCAUAUGGCAAAGAGCGAGAUUGUUGCUCUGAAGGAGGAGAUCUCUGUGAUGAGGACGAGCAUAGCUAAGAGGAGAGAGCAAUUACAAAAAGAGUUUGAGACUCAUACCCAGAUAAAGAAAGACACAGAGAUCCAGAACAGGCGCUAUGAAGCCAUCGUCAAGCGCCUCCACUGCCAACUGAGCAGGGCCCAGGCUGUCCACAGACGAAUGUCUGAAGAUAUCUUCCACAUGGAGAGACAGCUAGCUGAGCUCAAGAAGCAGCAGGAGUCAUCGCAGGACUCAGCGGUCAGUAGCCACUAAACUAUAGUGUCAGGCUUGUCGAAUUUGGACAUGAUUUAUAAAAACCCUCCUGUUGUCAGGUUCAAAGGUAAGCCCAUAUUAUUGCUAUGGGUCUGUUUGCUUAAGGAAGAAUUGUUGCUGUUACUACAUUUGAACACCUGGGGGCGGCAGUGUCAACCAAAUGUCUAACUUCAUCUGUUUAACUUACUAACAAAACCCUCACCUAGACUGUUGUACAGUAG